AUGCAGUUUUACAACAUUUCCACCACACCACAACGCGCAUUUAUCAUAUUUUCCGCAAAAGAUGCUGGAACGAUGUUGCGCCCGGAACACUUUGCCGAAAUGUAUCAAAUUGAUGAGUUGAUGCGUGAUGCGUUUGAACAUGCCGAUCAUUGGGGUGCACCAUUGUGUCAUCCACUCUGCAAUCUGAAUACUGCACUGAAGCUUUUUUGGGUAACCGUUCUUUCAUUUUCCACCUUAAUAAAUCGCUUUUGA